GUCUAGAGGGUCGACGCCAGUCACAAUCCCAGUCGCGUCAAGUUCCAUUGUAUAACAAUGGAGCUGAGAAUAUUGUUAUCAAUUAUCGGUGCAUUCUGUGUUGGUGUAUUUCCAGUCGGAAAUGAAGCGUACAGGAUACUGGCUGUUUUUCCAUUACCCUCGAAGAGUCAUCAUCUGAUGUUCGACAGCAUCAUCAAAGGGUUGACCGGCCGGGGCCAUCAAGUUGACGUUGUCACUCUGUAUCCCCUCAAAAACCCACCGCCGAAUUACAAAGUGAUUGCGAAUCUCGAGGGAAAACAAGAGAGUCUUGUCAAUCAACUGAGUGUUGCCAUUGCUAUUCAAUUCGGAUCGGACUUUACACGACAGCUUGCCCUGAGGUCGGGGAACCCGUUUUGCGAAUAUUUGGGACUACCCGAGAUGCAGGAGAUCAUAAAAAAUCCCCCGCAGGAUCCACCAUAUGACCUGGUCGUCACAGAGGCGUGUGCUGCUAAUUGUUUUAUCGCUUUGGGCUACGCGUUGAAUGUACCAGUAGUCUUGGCAAGCACUUUGAUCCCCCUACCUUGGCUGGCAGAGAGCUUAGGCCAGCCACUAUUCCCGGCAUUUAUCUCAUCGUACUUCACGUCCUACGUGCAUCCCAUGUCAUUUCCAGAACGCGUGAUGAACACCAUCACGGUUUAUGUGAACAAUAUGAAAUUUCGAUACUACACAGAUGCUUUUCAAAACGCGGAAAUAAGGAAGUAUAUUGAUCCAAACAUUCCGCCACUUCGGGAGCUUGAGAAAAACGUGACUCUCGCCCUCGUGAAUACGUGGCACAGCCUCAAUGGCAUUCAACCAACGACCCCUGGGUUCAUUGAAGUCGGCGGGAUUCACAUGCAGGAGCACUACACUCCACUCCCUCAGGAAAUGGAGAAGUGGAUGAAUGACAGCACCUCCGGUGUGAUCUUCUUUACACUUGGAUCCAUGGUGAAUAUUGAGACCCUCCCUGAAGUGACUAUGAGAGCACUUUACUCGGUAUUCAGAAGGAUAGCACCGGUGAGAGUGCUUAUGAAGGUGGCUAAUGAGUCGGCUCUCCCUCCUGGAUUGCCGGAUAACGUAAGGACUUUUUCCUGGAUUCCUCAAGUGGCUGUACUAGCUCACAAAAACACGAAAGUAUUCAUAACCCACGGAGGGCUCAUGAGCACUCAGGAGGCGCUCACCUACGGAGUUCCCCUGAUCGGGAUUCCCAUUUUUUCAGAUCAGCACGUUAACAUCGCAGCUUACAAAACCCGCGGCUUAGCCGUCGAGUUGGACGUGCAUAAUUUGAGCGAGGAGCCCAUCUCCUGGGCUAUUAAUGAAAUUCUGUAUAAUCCGAAGUACAGCGAGUCUGCCAAGUACCAAUCGAAGAAGUUCCUUGAUCGCCCCAUGAGCGCAAUGGACACGGCUGUUUUCUGGAUCGAAUAUGCUGUUAGGCAUGGCCCGGGCGCGUUGAGAUCACCAGUAGUCGAUCUCUCCUGGUGGCAGAUGGAGCAAAUCGACGUUUACGGCUUUCUCGCUCUCUGCGUCAUCGCUAUUAUUUAUGGGACUGUUCGCAUAGUAAAAGUCCUUCUGGGAGUUCGAUCAACGAUUGCGAAAAAACGAGUCAAAAGAGACUGAGGGCAUCUAUGCCUUUGGAAAAUUUUAAUUUUCAUCUUUUAAUUUAAUCUUUCACUAAGAAAGUCAUUUUUUUUUUAAUAAUAGUGUCGGACAUGUGAACAUUGGUGAUGUUUUCAAAAUUUUAUAAUUUAUUGGUAUCGAGAAAUUGAAUGAACAAAAUGAACCCUUAUUCCUACCCUGA